GCCGGCACCGCGGGCCCCACCGGGACCCCCGCGGACAGGAGAACGGGAACCGGGGGCCGGGCGGAGCCGAGCAGCGCUGAGGGGAGGCGGGACGGGCCGGGACGGGGCGGGACGGAGCCGCCGUGCACAUGCGGGAAGCUCCCGGCGGCUGCGGGCUGAGGGGAGCGGCGCGGCCGGGCGCGCUAGGCUGCUGCCUCCGAAUGCGUGCCACGGCUGCCUGCCCCUGGAGAGAUGUGAGAGGAACUGGGAAAAGGUACUCAUUGCUCUAUAGGAAGCAAAAUGUUAUUUGCAUGGAUUGUGCCUGCAGCAAUUUGUUUGUCGAUGCGCUUCACAGCAGAAGCGUGCAGUAAAGGAAACGUGACUGCUAGCAAACUUCCCCACGGGGUUGCAGAAAUAUGCGACAAAGGAAACAUGACUGCUAACUCUGCUUCGCAUGUCCAGCCUGGAACUAACAUUACCCUCUCGUGCCAGCUGAAACAACUGAAAUACAACGAGCAGUGCAAGAUAGCUAUUUUCUUUAACAGUUCUGAACUAAUUAUUAAUUAUGGCACUUCUGUGAGCACCAAAUUUCAGGUCCUUACAUAUGGCAAACACAUGUUUACUUGCAAAAUAGUUUGUGAGUACAAGAAAAAACUCAUCUGUGGAGUCGAUAUAAUGUCUGGAAAUCCUCCAGAUCAGCCAAGAAACGUGUCAUGUAUCCAGUAUGGGACAGAUGGCAAUCCUACCUGCACCUGGGACAAAGGAAGGCUUACAUACAUAAACACUACAUAUGUAAUACAGCUAUCAGAUGGCAUUGACCUCUUCUGUUUUCUAGAAGAAAAUCUGAAUAAUAAAUCUGGCUCGCUGGUUCUGAGCAAGAAGUUGAAUUUUGACUCCGCUUACACAGUUGUGGUUGCCGCCUCCAACGAACUAGGAAGUGCUUUUUCACAGCCACUCAUGUUCAUGUUAAUAGACAUAGUGAAACCACAUCCUCCGAGAUUGUUAGUGGGAUUUGAAAAUUCUGUGACAAAUUUCGCAUUAGUUUGGCACGAUGAAGUACGAGCGCAGCACUGUAGAAUAAGAUACCGUCCGCUUACCGGUUACGCCUGGAACACGGUUGAAAAUGUAAAUAGUGAAAAUUUCAGUCUUUACGGUCUGGAGCCUCAUACAGACUACGAAUUUCAGGUUAGCUGUAAAAUUCAUCCUGAGAGAGGACUGUGGAGUAACUGGAGUGCGUUCCAAGCCCAGACUCCAGAAGCAGUGCCUACUGGUCUCUUAGAUGUCUGGUACAAAACGCAGGAUGUGGACUCUCAAAGGCAGAACAUUUCUCUUUUCUGGAAGGCUCUGAGCAAGUCAGAAGCAAAAGGACGAAUCCUGCAGUACACGGUGACCUUGGAAGCGCUGAAUCGCAGGGGUUCCAAAGCGGUGGAAGCAGAGGUUACCACACAAACCAAUUACACCAAAACCACUGAAAAGGUGGACUACAGGAUAACAGUCACUGCGGAUAACUCGAGGGGAAGCUCGCCUCCUGCAGCCAUCGUGACUGACCGAGGCAUCGGGGAUUUACCUCCUCCUCAGAAGGUCUCUGCUAUACCCAUGGGAAAUGGCAGCAUCUUAGUCAGCUGGAAACCUCCCGUUAAAUCCACUGCGUUCGUCAAUGGGUACGUAGUGGAAUGGAUGGACACACACAGGAAGAAGAGCCCAGAACCUCAGCCGACCUGGAUAAAACUUGUAGCAUCCAACCUGUCUGCAGUGAUAUCAGAACAUGUAAAAGAUAACGUGUGCUAUGACAUCAGUGUAUUUGCACUUUAUCAGGACAGAGCUGGCCGAGUGGCAUCAGUUAGGGGAUACUCGAGAGAAAAAGCACCAUCAGCUGGGCCCCAGAUGUACACAACACCCCAGACAAAUGGUGUCUUGGUUUCGUGGGAGGACGUCCCUUCCCACCAGCAAAUGGGCUGCAUCACGGGGUACAACAUAUACCUGCGAAAAAAGGACAGCAAGGUAGCUCCGGCUGUCUAUGCCAUUUCUAAUGCAACUUCCCGACACGAAUUUUACAUCACAAACCUGCAACGCGGUGAGAACUACGUCCUGUGGAUGACAGCAUCAACGGCUGCUGGGGAGAGCCCCUGCGGCAACAGGGAGCUGGUUUGCUUGGAAAGUGCUGUGGACUGGCUCGUUGUUGUACUUACGUGCAGCUUCGUCGUCUUUUCAGUCUGCGUCUGCUCUAUGCGUCCUGCAAGAAAAGCAUUAUACUCUCUGCUUUCUGCCACUGUGCCUCAGUGGCACAACAAAGCCAUCCCAGAUCCAGCUAAUGCUACGUGGGCUAAGAGUUACGCUUCUGUGAAGGGCGAGCUGAGCGUGCCUUCCAGUCCGUUCCUGCGGGACACGAGCAGCUUUGAAGAGCCUGAAACAAUAGAAGUAGAGGAGGGCUUCAUAAAGACAGACUCCCAGAUUUUCCACGACAAGCUGAUCUUCAGCAACGUUCACAGCACUGAAAAUCACGACUGGCACUCGGAAAGCAGCUUUGAGAAGCAGGAGGCAGAGUACAAGGCUCUGCCCAGCACAACAGAUGGAGACAGUUACGAGCAUCAGCUCCCCUACUUGUACAGGAAGAUGCCAGAGGUGGCAGAACAAAUGCAAACUGCUUCGGAGUACCUCGCUAACCCCAUCACCGACAGAGCUCCGGGCUACCUGCCCGCAGGCAUCCUGUCCCCUGCUACAGACCCUACUGACGAGCACCAGGAGCGCGAGUGCAGCCCCAUCUCUGUCUUCCCAACAACUUUUUUGACGCCCGUGUUUUCCUACGGAGGGAAACUUAAUUUGGACACAGUGAGACUGAACUGCAGCUCUUUCACAAGGUAGGGGGACAGAACGGUCUGGCCUCGAUGUCUGUACGUCAGUGGGGUAUCUCCGUGUGUUUCACUGCUGCCAGUACGUGUACAGGACACCUCCAAGUGACAAAAGCCACCUCACAAACCUUUCCAGCAGUGCCAGUCAUGC